CUGAUCCUUUGGAAGGUUUUGCUGGGUUCUGUUUGUCGUUUUACGGCCAAUAGAUUCCACAUUCGGGAGUUGCACACGCGCAUUGUGAUACUAUAGCUGGCCGCGUUAAACAUGGCGGCGCAGGAGGCCUGCGAAGAACUGUGUGAGUGCGUGCAGGUGGUGGUGACCGAAGAUACAGAGACAGCACUGGCAGGGCCGGGAGAGAGCAGCAUGGGCUUGAGAGCGGUACAGGCCGUAGGACUUACUGAGGAGCUGAUCCGCAGCAUCGCGCAGGCAGAAACCGUGUAUUACGUGCAGCCGGAUGGCACGCUGUUACCUCGGGGCGGCAUUUUACAGCAAUCUUCUCCUUCAGUAACCGAGAUUACCCCGCCGCCUGCCCCCAUUACCCCUAACCUGACUUCCGGGGAGCAGACCGACACCACAAAUCCGCCUGUCACUGCUGCCCAGCUGCGGCAGUCCGUGCCUCAGACUACCCCCGCCUCUGUAUCCAGGCUCUUCAAUCACAAGCAUUUGAAAUCUAUAUGCGUUCAAGUCCCAGGUCUAGGAUCAACGACUACAAAAGAAGUGUCUACGGUGUGCAGCAGUCAGAGCGCAGAUAGCGAGAAUAUGAACACCACUCAGAGCUUGCAGGUGGACGGGCCAUCUAAACAGGACCCCCCUACGAAUUUACCUCAUAAUGCUACUUCAGACUCCUCUGUUCAAGCUCAUCCGGAAAAUCUCUCAUCACACUCGCAACCUGAAAUUGUAACUAUUGAUCAGGAAGCUAUAGCUGGGCCAGUCAUCAGUAACCAAGACGUUGAGCAGAAGUAUUCUGAUCACUCGCCUUCCAAUGAUAGGGUGACUGAAACUCUGCAAUCUUGCACUUCUGACAAAUCUGCUAAGGAAGAUCCAAAGGCUAAGAAGUCUCUUAAAAUUAAAACCCGCUCUGGGCGCAUUUCCAGACCACCUAAGCACAAAGCAAAAGAUUACAAGUUUAUUAAGAUGGGGGACUUGGCAUUUGGCCAUGCGUCAGAUUCUGAUGAUUACUCAGAACUAAGCGUAGAAGAUGAUGAUGUGAAAGAAACUGGAUGCUUUGACUCACAGAAUUAUAACCUAAAACCCAAAUUGUUUAGAUGUGAAUCUUGUGAAAAGGCUUAUAUUGGAAGAGGAGGGUUAUCCCGGCACUAUAAGUUUUUCCCUGAUCAUGGGAGUUUGGAAGGUUUGGACCAGAAAAUAGUUUGUGGGAAGAAAGCAAAUGGAGACACGCCUAGUAAAAUUUCAGAAGAAACUGGAAGCCCAAGGGCCAGUGCCCCUGCAAGUAAUUAUGUUGCGACUAACAAAGCUCCUUCCACACCUCAAGAAGAUGACACAGUGUUGCUUUCAUCCAACGAACAGGACUCUACAAUCAACACUGUAGAGAACAUUGCUAACCAACAAGAGUCUAUUAAAAGCAAUCCGUCAACUUUGCCAAACGGUAAAGGUGAGGAAAAAGCAGCGACAAAAACACCCAGACGUCGUGGGAGAACUCGUGCACCAGAAACAAUUAUAGAAAAACACAAACGUCCUAAAAAAAUAUUGCGUUCCCUGUCCCCUGAAGAACACGAACUCCAAAGACGAGAUGAACUGAGAGAGUUGCUUCAGCAGUUUCGAAAUGAUGAUUUAAUGGAAAUCGUUCUGCCCCGUCUAACAAAGCUGGUUACAGUUUAUGAAUUCUUACUUAUGAAGGUUGAGCAAGAUUACCCCAAUGAGCCCACCUUCCCGCGGGUGUAUUCCGAGUUUGAACAGCUGCACUGUAUGGUGAAAGGUCAGGCUCAGGACUAUUUGAGGAACAAACUCCAUUGCAUCGAUAAAUCUAUGUUUAUAAAACAGAAAAAGGUUGCAGAGUCAUUGGGCUUUCCAGAAGAGUUUAUUAAGAAACAUAAACCCAUUGCCAGAUCAUUAGCAACUAGUAUAUCUUCUGCAGCUGAAAAACUGUUGAAUUCGUUGAAAAAGCCAAGGCAUAGUACACAGGAACUGGUUCCACCAGCAAAAAAGCUGAGAACAGAUAAUACGGAGGAUUUAAGCACUGAAGAAAAUGGAAGCUAUCAGGAGACUUUUGAUGAAGCGAAAGGAGAGCAAAAUGAAGGUCUAAGAUGCGAAUCUGACAAGAUCAGUGUGACGACUUCGGAAGAGGGUCAUUUUCUAGUAAACGUCUCCAAUAAUGAAAUAGUGGAGUUGCACUGCGCUGGACCUCUGCACGGCGGAGAGCAUUUAGCCAAUAACAUCAUCCAAGAUGUUGAAGCUCAAAUACCUUCGUCCGCUUCCAUAUUUUAUCACCCGGAAACAAGAUCAUCAGAGUCUUUACAAACUAUUUGUAGCACAACAGUCCCUGAAAAUACUAGUAAUUCUACGGAUAUUAUCACACUGCACAAAGUGAUAGAUAAUAAUAGGACUGAAAUUCACGCAGAGUUGCCUGGUUGUUUGCUUUUACCUAGUGAGACACCAAAAUAUGUUUGUCAGAUCUCCAGUGAACCAUCUAAACCCGAGCAUAACAUUGAAAUCAGUGAACAGUCUGGCUCCAUUAGCGAUAUACAUAUUGCUCAUAAAGAAGUAGAAAAAACCUUUACAGCAGGUAUGACAUGGGAUCAUACGUACAGGGCCUGCAACGAUGAAACGCAAAUCUCUACAGUGCAGGAAAGUGCCUUAUCUACAACAGUAGACUGCGUGGAUGCAAAGGGGGAUUUGGACAACCAAUAUAUGGAUGUAAGCGCUAACACUAUAGAGGUUAGCGGUGAAAGCCAUAAUCUCUUGACUCAGGCAAACGAACAAAUCUUCUUUCAGACAGCAGAUGGAAUCUUGCUUCCUCAUUCUGCUCUCGCUGGUAUUUCUCAACAGGACAGUUUUGUUAUACUAACAGAUUCUGGAGCCAUGCACUUUGAAACUGUGGAAGCGCUAUUACAAAUGUAAACUUGUGAAGAUAUUCUAAGAUCAAACCAGAAAUAAUGAAGGUUGUUUUUUUUUGUUUGUUUUUUUAAUUAAAAAACUAAAAUAUAAAAAAUAUUUCCUAUAUACAGAUAUAUAUAUAUAUAUAUUCUAUUGUAAAAAAAAAAACAAAUACACUGGGAAUUAAAAAUUUGUAAAAUGUG